UUAUUGGCCACGCUGCAGCCAACAGACUCUUCGACAAAUCCCACAUCCACCGUUGGCUUCAUUAGUGCACUUUCCAGGGGCUGCCCACCUCUGAGAGGCCACGCGAGUUGUGCCUCGCAACCGGCGCACAUCGAUUCCUGCACUGCGCUGGCACUCUCGCCCUCGCGAGCCACCAGCAGCAGCAGCAGCAGCAGCAGCAGUCCGCGACAUCUCUGCCAGGCGAACCGUCGUGCAUAUCUGCCGCCUCUCCCGCCAUCGCCAGCGCCAGCGCCGCCAUCAUCACCAGAUUCACCACCACCAUCUGUGCGCAACCUUCUGGAAUCCGCACCACCCGUGCGCUCAUAUCAUUCAUUCAUCACCCUCGCCCCGGCCCUGGCGUCGUGUCUCACUUAAUUCCCGCCUAAUUAACACCAGCUCGUACCCUCGAGUCUUGCCAGCAUCCCCUCGUCAUCUGCCUCGACACAAACACGCGCGCGUACACCCUUCCAGAAUUCGACUCCCAGCGUGUAUGUGUCUCGACUCUCGAGACUACUCUCAACCGACAAACCCAACAAGCCAACGUCAGCAAUAAUCUCUGAUCUCUGAUCCAGAGGAAUCAACCACCCGUACCCGUACCGUGCAGUGCCCGCGAAACACUUCUCUCUGAGUCUCUGCCGAACCUCCUUUUGCGCACCUCAAAAGCAUCGACCUGUCUCAUCACUCCCUCUACAGGACCCACUCCUGCUACCCGACAAGUCAAGCCACCGCCUGCACUAUCUCGGCACUGUUCUUCUUGAUCGUCUGCUAACGGCACACCAUCCCUUCGGCUGCACUUCCGCCAACCGUCGUGUUGGAGCCUCCCUUCGCUUGGCCAACGCACCUACCUCAUCGACACCAUCCAACUUUCAGGCCAUCUUCUAGGUCAACCGUCGUCUACACUCUUUCACAUCCCACUCGACGCCCGUACCAGACCUUGAAGCGCUCCAGAGUCCAGUUCCUUGGUUUUGUAUCCUUACCCAUACCCACCUCCACAUUACCUACCAUACCCAUCUAAUCCAUAAUCUUGGCCUUGACGGUCUAUUAUUCACUCCAACAACUGCUGGCCGCCUCUGACCGGACCCUUUUAGACCACUACCUCGCAAGUCACCGCCGACAAGCUCUAUGCUCCGAUAGUACCCAACUCAGCUUACGAGCAACAGCCUCAAUCAUUGAGGCCCUGAAAUCCAUCAUGACUAUCGCCUAUGACAUGUCGUACCGCGGCUGGUCCAAUGGCUCGCAGUCCUCUGCCGUGUGUCUCGAAGACAAGUUCGAGAUCAUGAAGGACAUUGGUGAUGGCAGCUUUGGAAGCGUGACCCUGGGAAGGACGAGAGCCGCUGGCGCGCAUAUCGUCCGACGAGGCACACUUGUGGCAAUCAAAACGAUGAAGAAGACAUUCGAGAAUUUCUCGCAAUGUAUGGAACUUCGAGAAGUGAUCUUCUUGAAGUCACUGCCAAAUCAUCCACACCUUGUUCCGGCCUACGACAUUUUCUUAGACCCAUUGAGCAAGAAGCUCCACAUUGCCAUGGAAUACAUGGACGGCAACUUGUAUCAACUGAUGAAGGCGAGAGACCACAAGCCACUGGACUGCAGCAGCGUCAAGAGCAUCUUGUUUCAGAUUAUGGGCGGUCUGGACCAUAUUCACGAACACAACUUCUUCCACCGCGACAUCAAGCCUGAAAACAUCCUGGUGUCCACAUCAGCUCCCGACACUGGCAACGCAUUCAAGCGAUAUUCCCAACUUGUCACGCCUCCUGCGACACCACCAGCUUAUUCUAUCAAAAUUGCAGAUUUCGGUCUUGCCAGAGAGACACACUCACGCGUCCCGUACACGACUUACGUCUCCACGCGGUGGUACAGAGCUCCCGAAGUUUUACUGCGAGCGGGAGAGUACUCAGCGCCUGUCGACAUCUGGGCAGUUGGAGCCAUGGCAGUAGAGAUUGCGACUUUGAAGCCUCUAUUUCCGGGGGGCAACGAGGUCGACCAAGUAUGGAGAGUGUGCGAGAUCAUGGGAAGCCCAGGAGCUUGGGUGAACAAGCAUGGACAAAAGGUGGGAGGCGGAGAAUGGAAAGAAGGCAUCAAGCUUGCGCAGAAGCUCGGCUUCUCAUUUCCCAAGAUGGCGCCUCACUCUCUCGAAACCGUUCUACCUGCACCUCAAUGGCCAGCAAGUCUAGCUCACUUCGUUACGUGGUGUCUCAUGUGGGACCCAAGAGUUCGACCAACUUCGAGACAGGCCUUGGAGCACGAAUUCUUCCAAGAUGCACUCGACCCACUGCGACCAAAGAGCAGUGCGCGACUUGGCCGCAAGGACUCCACACUGGGCAUGAAUGGAUCAUCAGAGAACAUACUAUCGCUCACCACAAAGACAUCCUCCUGGUUCAGGAAGUCACUGGGUGCUAACAACAACCCGGCACCUGUUGUUCCAGAACAUACCCAACAGAACAACGCGUCCAGGCCUGCUCCGAUUCACGCAAAUACCGAUGCUUCGACUGCGGGCAGCAAGACGCGACCGAACGCUCCCAAGCGAGCAACAUGGACGAAUGGGGCGCAGAACGCAGCACCAAUGCCCAUUCUGCCUUCAAUCAGGCCCAUCUCUCCUCUUCCUGACGCGUCAACCGCUCACGCCAGCACUCGACGUGCGCAGCAACCGGAAGAUGGUGCAGGAAAGAAGAUUGGACGCCAGCUGUCGGUAAACUCGCAGGGCAACCACUACGCGGAUCUGCACCGUCAAGAGGCCGAACGCGCUCUGACCGGCGCAACUGGUCUCAAGUCGCCAACCGGCAGCCAAAGGGAAAGCUUCUUCUCACACCUUCGCAAACGUGCGAGGAGGCUGUCAGGGAGACAUCAAAUGACGCCAGGAGCCGAGGAUAUCGAGGCAAAUGUCGGAUGUGCUCCCUGGGCCACGAGCAACCGACCGUCGGCCCAAGAGCAGCCCAGUCCAAUUGCACCUCUCGCUGCAGACCCAUCAUCUGAUCCCAACUUCGCGGAGCUGGACAAGGCCCUUCAAAACGUGCGUUACAGCCUUGACAUGGCAGCGAAUAAUGCGAGCAGCACCAACCAUCAGUCGAAGCAUUCAACUCGCACGCCGACCAACCCAACACUCAAGCGACAUCACUCGUUGCCAUACCCUAAAGAGGAGAGUGCAGGUGCUUUCACGAGUAGAACACGACAAUCUCUGCGGCACACCCCGAGCCGGUACGAGACACCUUGCGAGGAGGACGAGCUUCUGGACGAGGCCAUCGCGUCUGCACACCGGGCGGCGAAGCGCCUCGACAAUAGUCUUGCAAAUGCCAACCAGCAAGCGCGCCCACACCUUCCGCAGGUGGCAUCGGAGCCUACAUACCACGCUCCAUACCUCACACCUUCGCCAUCGAAGGAUCAAAUGGGUGUCAAGUUUGGGUCGCAUGAUUAUACUCCAACAAAGCCGGUGGACAUUCCUGCUCCAAGGCCGGAGCAGAAAGGUGUAGUGCAACCUCAAUGGCCGACCCCGCCUUACGAUGAGAACGACUGGGCUGCCGCUGCCGCUGCCAGCAUUUUUGCCACGCAAGCCGCUUUUCAGUAAACGCAAUGUAUCACGGCCGUCAGACUCGGAAGUUCUCAUGCCAUGGCGUUUGGCGUCAAGGCCUGUCACACGUUGACUUUUUCUUAUGUUUUCAAAUAACCGCAUUGCAUCGGCGUUUUUCAAGCGGUACUCUCUCAUUACUCGGCUGCGAGCACAGCCUCGCAUCGCAUUCUUAUUGCUGGCGUUUCCGGUAAUGGGUGCAAAUUCGAAUAUUUUGCAUCCUCAAGCGGACUACAUUUUGUACAGGAUCUAAUACUGGAUCAUCUCUUACGCGUUAUUUGUCAGUCGGAGCUCGAAAGCGCCACAGGCAUCUCCUUGGUCUGGAACAACGUAUUUCACCAUCUGGUUCACGGCGCGAACUGGGCGCUUUGUACAAAAACAUCAAGGCCGGGAAAGGCAGGGCGAAGGAAGCAUAGUGUUGAUUUUUACUGUUCAGAGCUCUACAUAUGAGCUGACUCUGUUCACUGCUGGCAGUUGUCAAAGAGAUAAAUUGGUCAGCUGAUACCCCCAAGAGUGUGCGUCUGCAACCAGACCGCUCCAUUGCUCAUAAAUUUUAUCCGCGGAAGCUGGCUGGAGCCAUUUUGCAUGGCUAGCCAGAUAAAAAGUACCACUUACAAUAUUUUUACUACGAG